CUGCGCGCUCCCUGGCUGGGGAGGUCCGUGCCAUCUCCGCAUGCCACCGGGAAUAGGUGCUUUGUUUCGGCAGGCAAACCACAGGAAAAAGGACUAAAUGUAUCGAUGAACACUGCCUGGCUGACUCCAGAUCCCCAACCAAGCCACUGAUCAGAGGUUCAAAGGUCAGUUACCACGGGGACCUCGGGUGUUGGCAUGGAGACGGUGGUGAUUGUGGCCAUCGGGGUGCUGGCGACCAUCUUCCUGGCGUCGUUUGUGGCGCUCGUGAUGGUUUGCCGUCAUCGCUACUGUCACCCACCGGGUCUCCUGCACCACUUUGAUUCCAAGCCCACGCUUGACUUGAUCGGAGCGAUGGAGACUCAGAGCGAGCCAUCUGAGCUGGAGCUGGAUGACGUGGUCAUCACCAACCCCCACAUCGAGGCCAUCUUGGAGAACGAGGACUGGAUUGAGGACGCCUCCGGUCUGGUGUCCCACUGCAUCUCUAUUCUGAAGAUAUGUCACACUCUGACUGAGAAGCUGGUUGCUAUGACAAUGGGCUCUGGGGCAAAGGUCAAGGCUCCAGCCAGCCUCAGUGACAUCAUCACUGUUGCCAAACGCAUCAGCCCCAGGGUGGAUGAUGUGGUACGUUCCAUGUACCCGCCUCUGGACCCAAUUCUCUUGGAUGCCAGGGCCACCGCCCUACUACUGUCUGUGAGUCAUCUGGUGCUGGUUACCCGAAACGCUUGUCACAUGUCGGGCAGCAUGGAUUGGAUCGACCAAUCGCUGCACGCCGCAGAGGAUCACAUGGUCGUGUUGAGAGAGGCGGCGCUAGCGUCUGAGCCCGAGAGGAGUUUACCGGAGAGAGAGCAAGCCAUCUGAGUUCACACACACAUUCGCACGCAUAUGCACACACACACACACACACACAAACACAUCAAAAUUGUUGACUACGCUCACACACAUGUGAAACAACACACACCUGUAUAUACACGUGACACUCUCACACAGGCCUCUUUUCACAGUAGCCAUCCCCAUAGCUUUUCCCAUCUACAGUUAGCUGUAAGAAGAGUGGAACACUCCACCCUUCAUUUCUGUAGUUGUCUCAUGCCGUUUUCUCCUUAUCUUUAUUUCUUUCUCUGCCUGUUAUCGCCAUCAUGUCUCAAGCCAGAGCUCUCAUAUCAGAACUCUUUUCUGAUGAACUGGAACACAUCAUGUCUUAUUGUAAUUUGUUGGAAGCCACAGGAAUGUCUUUCGAGUGAAGAUGACUGUUGAAGGGCCUAAUAAUAAUGAAGUUUUAGGGCUGAAAAAGUUCAACAUGUUCAAAAACAUAAUCACAAUGUAUACUGUAAGAUAUUUAGUUGAACAGAUCAUAAUUAUGGCAGUUCUUUUGUGCAUUUUAAUCCUGUCCCUACAGAAUUCUUCCACUUUUGGAGUUGUGCUCUGUGUCUUGUCAACAGAUAAUAUUUUGUUAUAAUUGUAUGAUUAUUGAUAAUACUUAAUGUUAUGAUUUUAUACCACAUGUUUACAUAGGCAUCUAUCUAAACGAGGAAAUCCUGCAAUUUUUUCACACGCACACACACACACACACACACACACACACACACACACACACACACACACACACACACACACACACACACACACACACACACACACACACACACACACACACACACACACACACACACACACACACACCUACCUUUACUUGUUUCUCCAGCAGUACUAGGUGGUCAGGGCUGUGCUGUGGAGCGCAGCGUCACAUGAGGGCUUAAGGCUCCUGCUAAUCUCAUGGGAAAACACAUAGCAGCCACUCAGCCACUGCUGUCCACCUCACACCAGCACACACUCACUGCCUUCAGCUCCCUCCAUUAAGCAACACAGGCACAGCCUCACCCACUCAGCUGCACCUAACACCCCAGAAGAGUACACUUGCCAGCUUUAUCUGAGAAAACUCUUAUCCACCACCCCCCCACCACGAGACAAACUCUGUCUCACACACACACGCACACACACACACACACACACACACACACACACGUGUACAUAUACAACAUACCUACACAAACGUAUUUGAAAAUACUUUUUAGGCUUUUGAAGUGAGUCAAACUCACUGCAAAUGUACACUCUUAAAAUGAAUGUGUUGUCCCUACCUGGGCACAGAUAUAUGUUAAAAACAAUGGAAGUUGUGUUGUUUUCAACACAUUCAUUUUAAGAGUGUAGAAAUGAAAAACAGUUCACUCUCUCACCCCC